AUGACCAUAGACAGGUGCACAGAGCAUUGCUGUAGAAAUCCCGGUAUUGAUGUUGUCUUUCUGCUGGAUAGGUGAGAGAGAGUGAGCUGUUUCAUGCGCAUGUCAUUUGUAACGUCCUAGUUUGCUUAAUUGAAAAUAAUGUGGGUGAUUUUUUUCAAGAUGACAUACCGGUGGCAGUACUUGGCUUUACCGCUGCAGGAUUAGCUCAGUCUGUAGAGUGCUUGACUGCAGAGCGGGAGGUCGCGGAUUCGAAUCCCGGGGCCGGACCAAUACUGCCUUUUCCCUACAAACAGCUAGACCUUCGCAUGACUCGGAUGACCACGUAAAUUUGCGGUCUCGUCUCCACUUGGGGACUUAAAAGUAGUGUCCUUAAUUGGCACUUUUUGCUAAAUACAUUGACACUCAACUAAAGUGCAUUUGUUUCACGUAGGGACACAGAUAUCUUUCGGGGCAUUCUGGGUUUUUUGGAGGAAUGAUGUUGAUUUGAAAAUAACAUAAAUGAAGUUAGAAACGAUAUACACCAACCGUGAUGGUGGACUACAUGGUAUUUGUAUACUAAUUAUUCAUUUCAUAUUUCAAUUUUCAACAACUUCCAGAUCCAAAAUUUUUAUACAUUAAAGACAUUCGAAAAAUCAUCGAAAUAUUCUCAAAACAUUAUUGAAUUAAGGAUCGACUCCAAAAUAAAUGAGUCAUUUUUGAUCGAAUGAAAUCUCGGCUAGAUAUUUGAGGAAAAGGGCUGAAAUAGACGAAAAAUGAUGCUUUUACCAGACAUAUCCCCUUAAUUAACACUUCUAAUACUGCACUGUAAAUUUCCUGUACGCUUUACGGUUUUGUUGCGAAAGAUGCUUACGCGAUUCAUCUAAAGCCUGUUAUUCUUAAUAGGUUUUCAGAAAGAUACUGCUUCUGUGUAAAGUGUCAUUCCGAUCAUCUGUGCUUCUUAAAGAAGAUUACACCUCCGCCAUCAUUUACACCAAUUACUGUCACUCUCACAAAAAGUAAGUCAUCCGCUAAACAAUUCUUAAUAUAAAUAUUUGACGGAAGGUCUCCAUUAGUGCAUAAACACUUGUUGAAAGUGUUUACGCAAUCUUCCCACCCUGAUACAGUAGAUUUCUCACCCUGGAAUUGAGGAAACUCUGCUACCCCACCCUUCCAACAGAUAUUUUUUACCACCCAGAAUCCGGGUGGCCACGUGAUCAGGUCCGACCAAUGGGUCUCUCCACCCGACAACCCGACCACAAGAAAGGAAAAGGAGAGAGAACCUGGGUACGAGGUUAACUUGAACUUUCCAAAACGACUUCCAAAACUGGUUUCUUGCGUAUUUUUCUUGUCGAGGGCAAGUUGAAUUGAUACGAGAGAUUGCUUGACGGCUUCGUCAUUUUGUUGCUUUGACUAUGAAUGUGUAAGUGAAUAUGUCGAGCGCGUCCUCACUGGAAAAAAAAAAUCGACCCAAGCAAAGCUUAAAAAGCACAAAAGGUUUUUGAUAUUCUUAUGUUGUACGCUUUUGAUUAUGCAGGGUUAUGCUGCGUGAACACCAAUCUUAAUACUUUCUUUUUCAGUAUUAAUGCAUACAACAUAACGAAAGCAAAGUGUUUUCAAAUAUUUCAUUUUUUAUGUAAAAUGUUUUUGUUCCGUGGACAAUUAUUUUUUUCUAAGACAAUGCUACAUCAUGCUUUGUUGUUGUUGUUGUUGAUUCUCUUUAAAGUUUUGAAACAUCGGAGUAGGCCAACCUAUCAGCAGACUUAAGUGUAUCCGUCGGAAAAUGUUAACGAUCUGCAGUUCUCAAGUUUUCAAAUUAAAUCAUUAAAUCACUUCGUCUAUUGUUUCAAUUACGGCGCCUGUUUUUUAAAGUGAUAAAGCUUCUACAUUUUUUCCUUUUACAACUAAAAUAACAGGUAAUGCUUUCAUUUAAUUUAUGGCUGCAAGUAAUUGUUUAUAUUGAGUUUAAUUGUUUUCUUCGCGUUUUCUCUUUGUCGUCGUCGUAGUUGAAAGUUAUUAGUUUGAGUGCAUUCUCAUUUAUUAAGUUAAACUUUAUGGACAGUUUUUUGUACAGACUCUAUUUUCUUAAAAAUGUUUUAGAUCGAUCGUUUGGUCGACUGCUUUCAUUAGAAUUUUUGCCAGACAUCACACAUUUCUUUCAUUCAUUAAAUCCGAUUCGGAAAACUGAUAGAAAUGUGUACAUAUAACUGAGCUAUAAUGAAGUUGUUUUGAAACUAGGCAUCGCAUACAAAUUAUUAAUAAUGAAAAUUUUAUUGGCUAGCGAUUCGAACACAGUCUUGACGUCGUUUUGCUAGUGAUUAUAUUUUUUAAUUACACCACUGUGAACUGACAUGUUAUAAACUGAACGAAACCUUUACUUCAAGGUUGAAAAUAAUGAAUUGGUUUUAACAUUUACUUUACCGUAAAUAUUUUCAAGGCUUUUAUUGUCUAGCUGCUAUAACUACAUGAAAAUAAUCUAACGGCGACAAUUAGAUUUUUCCGUCAGUUGUUUCAUUUAUCAUAUUUUGGUUAGAAAAAAAAAACACGAAGUCUUCAGAAAGUUCAUGAAUACAAGUCGUCGAGCUAAAGCUGAGGGCUCAGUAGCCAUUACAUGGUAAGUUGAUGAACUAUUUCUUAAAAAUUUAGAAAAACAAAAAAAAUUAGCAUUACUGAAGUUUAAACUUUUACAGUGUUUAUUCGCGGGCCUGGUGGUGAAAAUUACCUUUUAUCUGAUCUGUUUACUAGUGACAGCGCGGAAUACAUGUUACUCCUUUCCGUUAAUCUACAAUUUUCUGCUAUAAUGCACGAGAUGUAGGGAUACAUUUAAAGCCUAUAGAACUUGUUUUACUGAGAACUUGUCGCAGCAACUUGUCUAGCAGUCUAAAAUGUCGGGAAUGUCGGAUCUGUUUUGUUGGGGACUGUAAGGAGACUAAGAUUUAAUUGCAAAAGUUUCUAGUUAUAGAUUGCGCCUUGAGUUAAAAGCGCACCCUUAAGCACGCCUAGGCUGUAGCCAUGACAUGUUUUACUCCAGGUAGCUUCGAACUGAUGACAGUCCCACGGGUUUGUCGAGUGUGCGAACAAACUGCAAGCGAAUUAAAAGUAUUUGGAGCCGUUUGGAGGAUGACGACCAGACGGAAAGUAACAGCAAAAUCAGGGAACUUUUAAAAAGCAUCCAAGACGACGGCGUGGCAGCGAAGACGUACCGCUAAAAAAAUGAAUUUGCGGCCUUUUAUCUUUAUCGCGUUUAUUUAGCCUUGCUUAAUUUACCAGAUGCAGGCAAAUUUUUCCUGCGUUGAUUUUUUAAGGACUGUAUAUAAGUUGAAAAAAGUAACACAAAAUUCGUCUCCCUAUGUUCACGUCCUGAUAUGAAAUGUGGCAUUAAGAAUUUUCAUGCACGCCGUCGUCGUGCAGUGGACAUAAAGGAAAUACUGUACAUACCAAAAAGUGUUAUGCCCUGAUGAACUGUCACCGCUUAAGACCGCCGUUCGAAUUAUCGCGGUGCUGCAAAUAAAGUCGGGGUAUAUAGCCAGACUUGAACAAUAACGGAAACUUUGUGUUACUCAACUGAUUUGUUGGUACCUCUCAGGGUUAAUGUGGAUUUGAACCACUCCCCAAAAAGAUACAUUCUGUUACCUUUUCAGGGAUGUGUCAAAACUUUACGACAAGCCUCCCUGUCAUUAUUAGGAGCUAGAAGUGUACCCCUCCCCUGGGAUCUUCCCUCCUUUUCAUCUUCUUUUUUUCUUUCCCAACCUCCCCUAGGCUCGUUUGCUCGCUCAAGUCUCGACGAGCUUGCCCGAACUGAAACACUGUAAUUAGUCUACUUCGAGUGUUAUCAAUAAGCAUAAAAUUUGGGCUACUUCUCAGCAUAGCCCAACACAGUUACAGACAGAUACUUGACCAUACUUUUUAACUGGUAUUGGUAAACUAUUCUAAUUAUUUUAUUAAUCAGCACAACCGGCAAAUUCCAAAAAAAGCAGAUAGAUUCCGUUUUCGGUUGAUACAUUUCAGAGUAAGCUGUUAUUUGAAUGAUCACCGAAUUUGGGAUUUCGACGUCCCUAACUGAAUUGUGUAGUUAAACCAUGUUUAUAUUUGGCACAUCGUGUCUUUUUUACAGACUGAAAGGUCAUACUGAGACGUCAUCCUAAUGCGAGUUUUACUUUCAAAGUUUUCACUUACAAUUGGGACAAAUCAGAUCAAGUUAAGUGUUCUUAAAUCUCGAAAUUUGACAACAUGUUCUAUGAAAAAAGGAAGAUGUUGAAGUGUAGCAGUAUGCGACAUUGGUCGCGUGCAGCCACAAGGCCAGUUUUGUUAUCUUCACAGCUUCUGAUAAGAUUUGGUGUGCUGCACCCAUAUCUUAUCAACUGUGAAGAAUUUUCUUAUUCGGAGUAACAUUUUAAAAAAAUGCUAUCAACACCUAUGGUCAAGCUGUUAAUUACAGUAUAUUCUUAUCGUCAGUCAGAUAACAGAAAAAUCAAUCAAGGAUUUUCUUAACAGUUGACGUUGCAGGGGUUUCCAAUCCGCACAAAUAAGGUUGGUGGAGUAGGAACUCUUCCUUUCGUUUUUCAUUUAGAUUCUAAGGAAAUGCAUGCGAAACGCGCCUCUGCAGCACAUAUUUGAAGUAGAAUCAGUGCUACGAGUAGAAUGUAAGUCUGUUGGUCUGAGAAUCAGACUCGGAACUUGAUCGAGCUGGUCCCCAAUUUACACCUCCUAUUUCGCCACCAACCAUUAUCACUACAUGGUAGCCCCUGUUUGAAUCCUACGCUAAGCUCACUUGCUGGGAUUUCAUAAGUGUUGUUUUUGAGUUUAUGAUGUCCACCUCACUGCUGUCUCCACUUUUGAAGGAAUUCUUUAUUAUUAUUUAGUCGGAUUUCAUUCACUGUGCAGCGAAAAUAAGUCCAUUGUAAUAAAACUACUAGUUAAUGCAAGUAGCGUAUUUCUUUUGUAAGUACUUGAAACUUUCUUCGCAACGCUUUUAGAAAUAUACCUUAAAAAUCAACAGUGCCCUUUGUAAACGCUUAGCAACCUUCAAUAAAAUAUGAUUAAAAAAUCAACAGGAUGUCGAUUAAGUUUCAAACUCUGAAUUGUAACAUUCUUUAGUUUCUAUAUUCUUUCGCUCUCUACUCGACCUCGGACAAAUCCACUUCGGUCUGUUAGCACUUAAAAAGAAUACUGAUUGCCUUACAAUUGAGUGACUCUCCUUUUAUUGGAGGGCGAAGGUAAGUAUAGAAGAGCUUUUCUUUGUCGUUUCUUCUCUAAAGCUUAAAAAUUUUUCUUACAGCAAGAGAGAUAAAAGGAAAGAGAAAGGGGCAAAAGACAGCCACAAAACGUUUUUCCUUCGUCUAUUAAUUUGCUAGUUGUACACCGGCUACUUUCACUUGUUUUCUAGUGUUUUAGGUAUCAAUGCACAAUGUAAAUAUUUUGUAGAGUAAACCGCUUUUUGUUUGUAGAGUCAAUGUCGAUUCGCGACCAUGUUUUGCUUUUGUGAAAUAGACGAAGCUUUCAAAACACUGGGUGUUUACAGCUUGUUACUUUAGGAAAAAAGCUGCUUAUUCGUUCAUUAAAAGCCAUCAUAAGUUAUUUAUGUGCUUUGCGGUAAGUCGACGGAGCAAACAAUCCCUACAAUUGAACAAAUGACGCUCCGUUCUCCUACGCAUUCACUUUUCUGUUGAAGACUUUCUUAUUUUCUUUUCUCAGGCAUUUCUAAGCUUUCUACCACUACGACACCUUUUUCGGAUACCUGGACUUUCACGAGGACCAAACCUACAAAAUCUAGUACCAAAGUAAGUAACUCAGUACACCUUUGCUUACUCAGUGUAAUACUCAUAGUUUCGCCUACAAACACGUUAUAACAAGUAAAGUAAGAAAGAAAAAACUCUCGAGAAUUUUUGUUCUCGUUUAGCCCUAACUAUAAGAACUAAAUUAAUCUUGUAGUGAAUUCUUCGAUAGUUAACGUGUUGACUGAUAAAACUGUGAUCGAAUGAAAAUGAUGUGGCGUCAAUUAUUUUAUUUUUAUUAUUUUUGACGUACUUAAAGGCAUUGAUAACUAAAAAAGAUAUAUACUUUGAAUACUCACGAAGUCUGAGUUUCAACAGAAGUAAACACAAUACUCUCGGUUUUUAUAAUUUUUACUAAAAAUAAAUUGGGGUUGAGACAAUUUCGAAAAUGAUCGAUCGCUGCCUGGGAUCAUUUUGAAUAAGAAAAGGGAGUGAAUAAGUAAAGAUCGUUUUUGGACUUGAUAAGUUUCAUGUAAUUUCAUUUUUUAAUCCAAUAUGACUGUGGAGGUCAACGGCAGACCAAAAGAUAUAUCAUAGUCCCAUUUAGGCACCCUUCCUCCCCCUGAUUCUGUCUGUGUGACCCCCCUGCUCAAGAACUGUCGAUUAAGCAGAUCACUGCCAGUGAUAAGACCAAUUGCAAUUCAAUAUGAUGAUGGUAUAUAACAAUUUUUCUACGUACUCACAGAAUGUAUGGCACAUUAAGUAUUGUUCAUUGACCGUUCAUUAACAGAUAAAGGAAGACGUUCAUUUUCUUUUGGUAAAAGCUCGUCUUUUGAUUCCGCACAAUAAACCUGUUCCCAUAAAGAGUCUCUGUUUCCAUGCCGUUUUCGCUUCCCUAAGUCACUCUAGAGUAUGUUUUAUUCGCGUUCUUUUUGUGCAUCAAAUGGUUUUUAAUUCAUUGACCUGGUUAUUAGUGCUCAAGGAGUCUCUUGAAAAGGCAGACUGAAACAACAGCAACGGAUAAGAAUGAGUAACCAAACGAGCAAGCCGUGACGCUCGAGAAUCGCUAAUUUACUAAUCUGCAAAAUCAUAAAUCAGCUCGAAGUCUACCUGGAUGUGGAGUACAGAGUUAAUGACUAAUGAGUGAACAGAGGAAUAUGGGGUAUUUUUCAGAAAACUCUCUCACAUGAAGUCUGUUUCAGGCUCACAAAGAUUGAGAAGAAGAUGAAGUUAAAGGUCUCCUCUCUUAUCUCUCUGUCCCUCCAGUUCUCACCCUUUCUUAAAAUAAUAUUCCGUUUUUUUCAUCUUUUGACACCCUGUUACCAGGCCGCAUAUACGGGAUAUAUAACACUGCUUACUUUUUAUUUCCGUUUAUUAUCAGUCCUCCACCGUCAAGCCCGAGCAAACAGAAACAAAAAGAACAACGGAAAGAACCGAAGAUGUCACGACAACCUCCGGCAAGACGACGAGUGAUCAUGGACUCGGACGAAGAACUGGGUCAGAAGCGGAACUCGGGGGACAGCGAAGCAAUCCGCGUAAGUUCGUGGUUUACUAUAAAGUACUUAAUUUUUUUUUCGCUGCUACAAGUAUAAAGUGAACAAAAAGCCUUAAUUCUUGAGAUUGUGUAUUUAGUUACGUCAAUAUGUAAUGUUACGCUGGGGUUAGUGUGGUUGGCUACAUCAAUGGUGAAAACUCAGUGUAGUGACUGUAGUCAGUUAUAAACCAGAGUGAUCUGAAAGCUAAAACAGAGCUUGUGAUUUGUUUCCUUUCCAUAUUUAAGUAUAGCUAAGUAUAUUUAGUUCGCAGUAUUGCUGCCUUCCCGAACGGGAAUUAAUAUCCUCUUUCAGUCUUGUGUGAACUAAAAAUUAAACGUUAUCCUUUUCUGUUGCAUCCCACAUUUAAAGAAUCCGGUUAACGAACAAAGUCCAAGAAAACUCUCUCUUGGUCACAAUUUAUAGGCUGAUGAUUUUCUUCUUCUUUAAUUUCCUGUAGAAAUUGUUCCGUAUGUUCUCUCGAAAGCAUAACCCAAACACAGCUCUUCUUCUUCGCUACGCUGUUUGUUUUUUCCUUGGAGGACUAGUUGGCCUUAUUCCUUACUUAGUUUUUGUCAUUGAACUCUGUAAAGGUUUGUCUCCUAGCUCUUUUUUCUACCUUCUUUUCACACUGUCACUUGUUUAAACACGAAAAGUGAACAUUGCCUUACUGACGUGUUCUGGAGGAAAACCACAAGGUUUUUCUCAUCAUUCUUCCCGGUUUUUUCUUGCUCUUAUUCUGUAUAAUAUUCAGUUUCGGGUUUGAAACAUCUUACCUUCAGUUUCUAUCAACAGACCCAUCGAGGUCUGUGAGAUAUGUGUGAGAUAACUUUGAGUUAUUGUUGCCGAUAACUGAAGAAUGAAUGAAAUUCUCGAGGUUUUCCUCUAGAAAUUAUUACUGAUCUUUCAUGGCUCGCCCAGGACGUCCCAAGAUCACACUAAAAUCGGUUUACCGAAUUAUUUGUUUUCACCUCCACUCCUUAUAUUCUCAGUCGGUUGAAUGCUUACUAUUUGGUCCCAAUUGCUUAGUACUGAACUGAUCUCCAGACAUCUCUCAUGUAUUUUAAAACUGGCGAACGCAAAUGGGACGAGAUAAAGUGAGGACGAUCUAUCGAUCGUAUAACCUUUCUGUCAUUCUUUGCGCUUGUUCCUUAUACUGGUAAAUCUGGAGUGGUACGAGAUGAUCCUAACCAACAUUCCUUUCAACUUUUCUUUACAUUAACCCUAUGGCUUAGAGCGGUUUUCAUUUGAGUGUCGAAAAGUAAUUGGUUUUGCACUUUCUACACGAUGGGAUUGGCUUAAAAGAUUCGCGCCACCUUUUCAUCCAAUCAGAAGUAAAACCAAAGCCAAUUGUGACGCGCUAUUUGCGUCAGCCACAUGUAAUUACUUCGAGUUUUGAUUGGUUCAAUGUAUUGUCUGUGUCCUAUGUGAUUGGCCAGAGUAAUUACUUUGGUUUUGGUUUUACGACACUCAAACGAAAACCACUCUAUAUCGAUAACAAAUUCUAAAAUAAAAGUAAGUUCUGAAGAGAUAGCCGGUACCUUUUCUCUUACAUGGUUUCUUGUAAUACUCACUCACUGUUUACAGCUAAUUUAGAAGUAAGAAACGCUCAUCUGCCUGAGCUUAAUGGAUAUUCCCAAGGAAAACAAGAGCCAAGUAACAAGGCAGUCACACCUUAUAAUGGAAUCAACCGUGUGAGCGAGUCGAUAACAACAACAUCUAAUAUUGGUAUGUUUAUCCUGACUUUGGUGUCGACAGUGAAUAAUCUAAGUUGAUCUCUAUCUUUCGAACAGCUUUUUUUUUGUCCCGCAGUACAAAGUUUUUUCGUCCGGCAGUUAGUAAAAAAUCUCUUUAAAUAGGAGUUUAGAUCGGUUUUAAUUAGCCUUAUUAUUACUUCAUUGUUUUAUGUUUAUUUUUUUCCAAUUUUAUAGGUAUUUUACCACUUAUUGUUGACAUAUUGUAUCGCAUUUUAUUGCUCAUUGCAUUCUUACCUUUUAAACUAUCUUUAAGCGUUUGUAAUAUAUUUGUGCAAAUUUUAUGUUUUACUAGCACUUGAAAAUGACCUUGGAGAGGUCGAAACGUCGCGACUUUUUAUCGCUAGCUUUUAUCACAAAAUUUAGUAGGAGGAGCAAAAUGAGUCUUAAGAAGUUUAUGAGAAAAUAAUUUGCCAGUAAAUUUAAUAUAACAGAUAGGAAAUCGCUUAUAAUAACUCAUUUUUUCUCUUUAAGAGAAAAAAGUAAAACUGAUUAUUAGAAAUCGACUUUCUUGGCUAAGACUUUAUCAUAGUAAUAAACAUGGCGCUAUUAGAGUAUUGCCUCAAGCGUCAUAUCACUCACUGCUUAGAACCCUAUUUUUUCCCUUUCUCUUUUUUAGGAAUAAACAUUACAACACCCAAUGUGAGUUCAACUGGACCCACUACACCGCGCCCAACACGAACAGUAAAAACGCAAAGAAAAGGUAAACGAAAAAAUAGAAAGAAAUAGGAUUCAAACCUCAGUUUCUUAUUUAACAGAUCUAGCUCCUUGGUAGCCAACUGGUAGUGGACACAAUCUCUUUUUAAGGGGUAAAUCUGGUUGUUCUUCCUGGGAAACGGCUUCGAUUUCAGAAGGAAAUAAAAAAGGAUAAAAAAAAGUUUUCCACGGCUCAUAAACCAGUACUUAGUCUGCUCAAAUGAGCUCAGGGGCAUUUUGUUUUGGUGGUCAACUAUCUGUCCACUAAUUAUUCCCUUCAUAUUAUUUUGUUCAUAAUUUUUGUCAACCCCCACCGUAUCCAAUAUUUUCCAGUUUUCCAUAAUUUAAACUUUCCCCACCCCAUUUUAAAUGCUUUUGAAAUCAUAAAUGAUUUUGAAAAAUCAUACAAAAAUUCUCACACAUUCAUUGAACCAAUGAAUGAAACAGACCAUUUUAAGAAUAUUUCCUCAGUAAUCUGGUCUUUGAACGGAUGCGAGGCCUGGAGGUGACUUUGUAUAUUUUUCAGUUGUAAAUGAUUACAUUCACUGGCUUGUUCGCUUUUGGAUGAGAGUUAUCCGAAUGGCACAUAAAAGUCAGCCAGGCCUACAACUAGUCGAAAAGCUGGCUACGCCCCUGGCUGUCAAAAAAAUUAAACAAUAAAAAGGCUUUACACAACAAACUACAAGUUUAUACAAACGCCGAGUUCACGAGCCCAAGUUUUCGAAAAAAUGGCGGCGCGUAUUAUAGGUCCAACUUUUUCGCGCGGGAACUGUGUACGCGCGUCAAGCUCGAUCGAUUACAAAUCCCGCGAAGGCGGGAACCACUGCCAUUUGGAAGGAAAGCAAGACGGUUUGCAAAAAUGUACUUUACAUUUUCUCCCGAGCCUGAUCACUAAUUGCCAAGAUAGAAAAAGGCUAAAGGCGCUUGAUAUGUUAUAAUUCUUCUAUGAAAAAUCACAAGUAUAAAUCUGUUUUGGUUACUUUUUUUUCUUUUCAGCCGAAGGAACCGGUAAUGACGAUAUCUCGCUUCAGUGUCCUGGUGCUUUAAAGAUCAUCCGCGUGGCCGCAUUUGGAAUUCCCGGCGACAACAAUACCGUGAGCGACUUUGACAAACACUGUCAUGCUAAUCUUGCACAAGUUGACGGAACAAACGUCUGCAUCGUGAGUCUGAAACGAGUUUACAAAACCAGCUAUCCUCCAUUCAUAAAGACAAUUGUAACGUACACUUGCUCAUACACAGAAGAGGUCAGCUAA